AAUGGGCUCGGUGAUGAGUUGAAACAAAGCCUCUGUAUGUGACAUAAAGAUGAACACAUUCUUCCCCACAGCCCUGAAGGCAACAGUUGCGUUUGCAGGGGACUCUUACCAAAUACGUAAAAACCAAACCGGAAGCGUUCACUUGGUUACAAUUCUAGCAGGAUAUUUUAUCCCAUGAGCCUAAAUUUCACACUUCUCUCUGCUUAGCGAUAAUGUUGCUCAGACGCUAAGAGGUGAAACACUGAAGAAGGAGGAUGGAAGAGAUAAAGACCGAGCCUGUGGAUUUUGUGAAGGAAUUCCAAGAGUACCUGACCCAGCAAACCCAGCAUGUCAACAUGAUCUCAGGCUCUGUUUGCGGAGAGAAGGAGGCAGGGGAGCAGUUUCAAGCCGUUGCCCCCAGGAGUGAGCAGAAUGGUCUGGACCCUCCGUCUGUGGAAGUGAGCCUGCCCAUGGAGGAUGGCUCAGAGGUACAGAUGGACGGCCUGGAGAGGACCUGCGAUGGGAAGUACAAGUGCAGCUACUGCAGCUAUGCCAACAAGGGCAUGGCUCGGUUAAUAGAGCACAUCCGCAUCCACACAGGAGAAAAGCCUCAUCGCUGCCAGCUGUGCCCGUUUGCCUCAGCGUACGAGCGCCACCUGGAAGCCCACAUGCGCUCGCACACAGGAGAGAAGCCGUACAAGUGUGACCUCUGCGCCUUCCGCUGCAGCGACCGUAGCAACCUGUCGCACCACCGUCGCCGCCGCCACAAGCUCCUGCCCACGAGGGUCGCCCGCUCCCCUUUCGCCAACAAGAGAAUGCUGAGCUCCCUGCAGAAGAGGACGGGCUCGCUGAGCUUCGGCAGACGGCUACUUAUCAACUUCAGCCCUCCCUCCAUGGUGAUGCCAAAGUCGGAUUAUCUGAACGACUUGUCUCACAAAUUCCACCACCAUCUGAAUAGCAGCGAGUAUAAGAACCUUCCCAAGGUAGAUGAUCGCGACAGAGGUGCUAAUGGUUUGACUUUUAACAACCCACUGGACCAGCUGUCUACACUCGCUGGCCAGUUAGCCGACCUUCACCCUGAGUCUCAGACUCCUUCAUCCCCAGACAGGGAGUCUUUAAAAGACGAGAAGCCCAUUCUCAUACAGCAGGUCUCUAGCGAACAUGCUGCCAUGUGUUCAAAUGGAGUUCAAACUUCACCUCAUAAAAAUCAAUCUCCCGCCUCAGGCCAUGGGAGUUGCAGCCCUGCCCCCGGCCUCGGCUUUGAGAACAACGUGAACACUCUGACUGUGAGUGUUAGCAACAGCCAGCCAAGCACACCCACCCCUGCGCUGACCACACCGGACCAACAGCUGUUACAUAAAUGCCAGCACUGUGACAUUCAUUUUGUGGACAAUAUCCUCCACACGAUUCACAUGGGCUGCCAUGGCUAUGAACAUCCUUUCCAAUGCAACAUCUGUGGCCACAUGUGCAUAGACAAGUAUGACUUUUCAUGUCAUUUUGCCCGUGGACAACACAAAAAGUGAUUCCAGGCAACAUAGACGCGUAUGGAGUCUUGUGUUUUUAAACUUCUAUACAGCAUCUGACACAGUUUACUACUAGUCCUUUUCAUUUUAUACUCACUAUAUUGUUGCCUCACUGCGUGUCUACAUGGCUUUGAGCUUUUCAUAUUAGUUUUAGAGUGAUACUAACAAAGGCUGGACGUGUACCAUUUCCUGGUUUUAAAGGAACAUCUCACCCACAAAACAACCAUUUGUGUAUCAGUUCCUCACCAUGUGUUGAAUCCGUGAAGAAAUCUUUCUGGCAUGCCUCUGAGGUGAACGAAGAAUCCAAAAAGGCGAACCUCUCACCACUUGUACUGAGCAUACAACUGGAUAGAUGAGACUUACAUGAGAGUUACACUGCAGGAGUUGUGUGCGAAUGUGUAAUUGGAUGUUCUGAUAUCGUGUUGCUGAUGUUAAACAUGGUCACCAUUUACCUCAAUCCAUGAGGAAUAUUCGCCUUUUUUGGAUUCUCCAUUCACAGUGGAGGCAUAUGAGAAAAACAAAGAUUUCUUCAUGAAUUCAACAUGAUACAUAGUGAGUAAUUGAUGUACAAAUGGUCAUUUUAUGGGUGAAUUAUCCCUUUAAAGGCUGCAUUAAAGUAGAGUAAUGCAAUUUUAUGAACUCUUCUAGGUGUUCUAUUAUUUGACUUAAACCACGUAGUCAUUAUAUUCACAUUACUCAUCAUUACAUAUAAAAAAUCUUGUGUAAAUAUUCUGUGAAAGCACAAUUAGUCAGCCCGCAAUACUGUCGUAAUAUCAGUAUCAGGGUAUUUGAUUUUCUCCAUGUCACCCAGCCCUAAGCUCACUAAAUGUAAUUUCAAUUUUCAUUAAUUUCGUCCUGCAGUCAGUAUUAGUUUUGCAAAGUGGCAUCAUGACCACUGUCUCUCUACGCCAGUGCAGCUGCUUAUGUUUGAUACAUUAGUGUCUCAAUACUCUGCAGACUCACCAGGAUUUCACUAAGCUGCCUGUAGUGAAUCAAACUACACAGGCAGCUCCAUAUGAGACAUUUUAAAUUAAAUAUAAACAGUAUUGAACACCAAACAUUAUGAGCCACAGCUCGGUAUACAUCAUGGAGCUGUUACCAGGGCUGUCCCAAAUACGAGUUUUGGAGCAUUUUCAGUUUCAGUUUUCAGUCGUUGCACCUAAAAUUACGUGACUGUUAGCAUGCAGGUCACAGUCACAGAAGCCAUAAUAGCUAGAAAGAAAGAAUUCUUUGCAACAUGGCUAAGCUGUUGCAGUUUGGGUGUUUGCCACACUUUGUCCACAUGCUUGACUUUUUCGACAUCUUGCUAGCGAAAUCUUUGAGCCUGUUACAGGUAGUCAAACUGUUGGAGUCACAAAACCAGGCCUUUCACUAAGUUUAAAUGUUACUGUCUAAGAAUAAUUAAUGUUGAGUAAAGGUGAGAAUCACCAGAAGAUUUACGAUACGUGAUAUUAUCGCGAUACUUGAGUCACGAUACAAUAUUAUUGUGAUUUUAAAUAUGUUGCGAUAUGCUGAGUAUCGCGAUAAAAUAUAUUGUGAUUUAUUACCUUUUUCAACUGUAAAUUAUGUCCCCAAAGGAAAACUUUGUCAACAUCUGUCUUAUUUAAUAAGUUUUCAGACUGUUCAUCUCACUUCAGUCACUUUUAUUGCAAAGAAAUGUCUAGUGGACUGAAAAAGCAAUGAACAUGUACCAAAAGCUGACUUAUUUGUAAUUUUAUUCAUUUACAUAGUAAAAAAAAAUCUAAUCUUGGCACCGUACAACUUUACGAUACUGUCACACAAAAAUAUUGCGAUACUAGGUUGCAUCGAUUUUUUUUUUUUAAAUUUUACUAUUUCAUAAUUUAUUGGCCAUUUUGGAGCAUUCAGACACUGCUUCGGACAUUAACAGUUUAGCUGUUAAACUAUAAUUUUGUCCACCAUCUGUACUGUAUAUGGCCUGUUAGUCUAAUUAUACACCAUAGUUUCCAUCUCAGAUAGUUUAGUUUGACAUAUUUCACAAUGAGAAACUGAAGUGAGGUGUUAAGAGACUUAAUUUUCUGCUCAGAACAUAAAUGUGUGUCCAGCCAGACUCAUUAAAACUCUGCUUGCUCUUGUGGUAUUUAUUUAUACCUCACGCCGUAGAAU